GCUCUCCUCAACACACACUUGACUGUUGUCCUGUCCCUUACCAAACAUGGCAGCAAACAGUUCUAAUUCUAUUGUCGAAUAUUUCGGUGGGGGUGACGGUUAUCGAUGCGGUUACUGUAAAAACGAGAAGGGAAACUUUUCUCACGGUAUGUGGUCUCAUGCCAUGACAGUUCAAGACUAUCAAGACCUAAUAGACAGAGGAUGGAGAAGAAGUGGAAAAUAUGUUUACAAGCCUACAUUGAACAAGACCUGCUGUCCACAGUAUACUAUCAGAUGUGAUCCUGUGAAAUUCCAGCCUUCCAAAUCCCAUAAGAAAAUAUUGAAGAAGAUGAUUAAAUUUAUUUCUAAAGGAGAAUUGCCAAAAGGACCCGGUGAACCUGGGGAACCAAUGGACUCUGUGUGUGAAGAAUCAGGUGCACGACAACCAAGUAUAAAAAUGCCAAAGUCUGCUAUUACAGACAUUCAAAAGGAAGCACUGGAGUGUCCGGCUAUCACAAUAGUUAAGAGGAAUGAAGCAGACACCACACCCACUGGGUCAGAACUACCCAGAAAAGAUCCAGGCUCUGUCCUAGAUAGAAGAACGACUCCAGCUCCUAAACCUGGUAUAGGAUCAGAUCCCAACCGACCCCCAUGUCGGAAGGCCAAAGACUUGAGGAAAGAGCGGCGUCAUCAGAAGGAGCAGUUGAAACAUAGCAUUGUUGGGGUUUUCGCUACUUUGAUCACGAGCUCUCCUCCUUCUACCCCGACCAACCAGCCCAAAGCUUUGGAAGAUUUCCUCACUGAGACAUUUGCUGACAGCUCGUCUCAUUGCCUUGAGGUGAGGCUAGUGCGCUCCAAUCCCCCUUGCCCGCAGUUCAAAGCCUCUUUCGACGCCUCCUACCAGGUGUACAAACUCUACCAGAUGGCCAUUCACAAGGACCCUCCUGACAAACCCUCCGAGAGCCAGGUGAGGCUCGUAGCAGUCAGCUUUGAGGACCCGCAAUUCACUGCAUCUUAUGAGCAGUCUGUGGCGCUGUACGCUCGCUACCAGAUGGCCAUUCAUGGGGAUGACCCCAGCGCAUGUGGUGAGAGUGAGUUCCGGCGAUUUCUCUGCGAUUCACCAUUAGAGGCAAAGUAUUCAGCUGAUGGGCCCGAGAUGGGUUACGGCUCCUUUCACCAGCAGUACUGGCUUGAUGGCCAGAUUGUGGCAGUGGGAGUGAUCGAUAUCCUGCCUACCUGUGUGUCGUCUGUCUACCUGUACUACCACCCAGACUUUGCCUCCUUGUCUCUGGGCUCCUACUCUGCUCUCAGAGAGAUUGCUUUUACCAGGAAGCUUCAUAAACAGUCCCCCAAGCUGUCCCACUACUACCUGGGCUUCUACAUUCACUCUUGUCCCAAGAUGCGGUAUAAGGGACAGUACCGACCUUCAGACUUGCUCUGCCCAGAAACCUAUGUCUGGGUACCCAUUGAGCAAUGCCUUCCACAUUUGGAGAGCUCCCGCUAUGCUCGUUUCAACCAAAAUCUUGAUGAAGGAGAUGCCCAGGUCCUGAAAGAUGUGGGCAGAAUUCUGGUGUUACACAGACGGACCGUCAUGCCCUACACAGUCUAUUCCCGAAAGCGAAAAGGCUCUUCAGAUGAGACGGAGGUUCAAGAGUUUGCUAGCUUAGUUGGCCAGAACUGUGCUGAAAGGAUCUUGCUCUAUAGAGCCUAAACCUGAAGAAUCUUGUCAAAUCCACCUCCCAGCAACGGUCUGUCACUUUAGCCCCAUUUCCACUAAACAGUACAUUUACAUUUAAACAUGUUAUUUUUAUAUUAUCAGUUUACCCUCUGUUGUGUACCUACAGUAUCGGUAUUGUGGAGCUAGUACAUUGAUUGGUCAGCCGAGUAGCAGUGGAAUUGUUAUUCUUGUGUUCUAGUAAACAGCCAGGAAAGAAGUAAACAUGCAAUAUUGUU